AUCAUUGUGAAGUCAACAGUCGGAAUCCUAACGUGGACAGUGGAUGUCAAGUGACUAUUUCUCUGACGAUGCGAAGUAAGGUAUCUGUGCGUGUCUAAGUUUCGAAAAGCUUUUAUGCUUCGGCAAAAAAACACAUCCCGUGAAACUCAUAGUGAAUGGACCACUAGACAAGAACUCCAGUUGUAUAAACAAAUACAAACAAGUUCAGAAAAUAGAUAUCUGUAGACCCGUUGUUGAUUAGCACAUGGACAUGAUCCUGCGGUACAUUUUGGGAUGUUUACUCGUUUGCUGUGUCGCAGAAGGUUUCAAAAUAUUGGUUAUAUACCCGAGUCCUGCAUUCAGCCAUCAGCGUCCAAUCAUGGCCCUCACGGAGUAUUUGGUUCAGAAAGGGCAUGAGCUCUACGUGGUUAGCCCAAACCCCGUUCCCGGCCUGGGACAGAAUUCUAACUACACUUACGUUGACGUCUCAUUUUCUUACAAAUACUUCAGCGAUGAAAAGAAAGAGGAUACAGUCACGACUCAGGAAGAUAUGUCCAAGUGGGCGUUCGCAGAAAUUUUCAAACCAUUAGCCAACAUAGCUGCAGCGCAAUUCCAAAGCGAGGCUUUCAUGCAGUUCCAGAGGCGAAUAGAAUCCGAGAGCGUGUCAUUCGAUGUCGUCAUCGUUGAGACCAUUUUCACUCCUUACGCAUGCCCGGUCACUUGGAAACUCACCGGAUCCGCGCCGAUCAUCUCGAUGUCAACCCUCUCGAUGAUCAACUCCGCGGAAGAGAGUCUCGGUAGCAUCCCCCAUUCGUCCUUCGUUCCCUCCUUGCUCAGCGAUUACACGGACAGAAUGAGCUUUUGGCAGAAGAUAGAGAACUGGAUAUCCGAUAGGUACAUCUACAACGGUUUCAAGGAUACGAUGGAGGCCGCUGCCAGAAGAUUUUCCGUGGAAACUUACGGCCCGGAAUUUGAGAGUCUUGUCGACGGGUGUUGGAAAACGGUCAGCCUUUCCUUAAUCGCUUCGAAUUCUCUGUUUUUUUACCCGAGGCUCCUGGGUCCUAACGUCAUUGAGGUCGGGCCUUUGCAUCUUAAACCCCCCAGAAAGCUGCCAAAGGAUUUACAAGACUGGCUGGACGGUGCGGAAAAAGGCGUUAUUUAUUUCAGCAUGGGAAGCAAUUUUAAAAGUAAAUCUCUGUCCAAGACAGCUCGAGCCAACUUUUUCAAGUUUUUCGAGGGAUUGCCUCCUGGAUAUCGGGCCCUUUGGAAAGACGAGGCUCAAAAUAUUCCAAAGCAUGCGAGUAAUAUUUUAACUCGAGAGUGGUUUCCUCAAGAAAGCAUAUUAGCACAUCCUAAAAUAAGAGUAUUCAUCACGCAAGGAGGUCUUCAGAGUUUUCAGGAGGCGGUUCACUAUGGAGUUCCAAUGGUUGGGAUUCCAUGGUAUGGAGAUCAAGCGAGUAUGGUUUCAAAGAUGGUGGAUGCCAAAAUUGGAGCCCGGUUACUUCCGAAAGAACUUGAGUCGUUUGAAAAAGUCAAAUCCGUCAUCGAGAGUGUUCUACACGGAGAGAGCAUCUUGGAAAACAUGCGUAAAUACUCAGCGAUAUCGCGUGAUUUAAGCUCAAUUGCCUUGGAGGAAGCGACCUUUUGGGUGGAGCAUGUGGCAAGACAUGGCGGAGCAGAUCACUUAAGACCUUCUACCGCUGACACGACCCUUUUCCACUUUCUCUGCCUUGACAUCAUUGCUGUCAUUUUAGCCUUUACGCUUACCAUUAUUUUAUUUUUCUAUUACCUUUGUAAGCUUUUGUUUCGAGUAUUCCUGGGCAAAUCGACAAAAGCAAAAUCAGCUUGAUUUUUAUCAAUGAACUUCAAUACAUUACUAUCGAUGUCGCGUCGAACACUCUCUUACCCCACGAAAAGAUAUUGCCUCAAUAUCCAAUAUUGAUGAGGGAUGUUAUUGCCAGUUGGUACCAGCAAAAAAAGAGACAAUGCUUUUUUGCCUUUUGCUGGUUUUUUUACGCUCCGCUGUUUUUCGAUCACUUGCAUGACGUUUUUGGGUAAUAUCGCUUGUUAAUCUACAAAUUGCAAUAUUGCCAGGAGAUAUUGUAUCAAUAUUUCUUGGGAUCAUCGCUUUACAGUAUUAUCAGCAAUAUUAAUUUCUUCAUCUAACUUCUGACUAGGGCCAUGACCCUGUUUGUCUAGCCUCUAAAUUAAUAAAAUAUGAUGGCGAUGAGAGAGAUCACUUAAUACUCCGGGGAUGAAAGGCGGCUCUGUGUCCAUCUCUUUGGCGGUCGUCCGGGUCGCCUUUGGCUAUGAGGUCGUCCUACCGUACAAAUCUUGGCAAGCCUUUCCCCGUCCAUCCACUCAACAUGUUCCGACCAAAUUUUCCGGCGCAUCUUAAUAUUAAUUUCUAGGAGUUAAUCACGCCAAUAUAUCAUUCUCAUCUAAUAGGUAACUUUGCAUCAACGUUGUCACCAUGUUAACACAUUGCCUAAACUUAUCCUUCUCCUUAACUUUCUACUUCCUUGAGUGGAGUAUCCUUUUAUGCAAGAGAAUAAAGACUGCGGUUUGUCAGGUAGUUCUUGAAUCGGUUUUUACCGACGUGAGGUUGCCGGGACUAUGUAAUAUUCCGUUUUGUUUAGACAGUGCUCUAAUUAAAAUAAUGUAUCUAAUAAUGGAGGUAAUAUUCUUCAAUGCUAUUAAAGACGACAAUUUCUAUGACUCUAAAUCAUACACACAUUCCAACUCCACUAGUUGUAGAAUUGGGCCUAACUAAGAGCCCUUAAAGCAUUAGACUUUUUGUUGGGAAUGAGUAGAUAACGAUCAGAUUGUCUAAUGUUAUGAGCAAACAUUCUAAGAAUAUGCAACAUUUGAGAAUUGCUUAUUCUUAUGCGGAAUUGGCAUGCAAGAAGCUAAAUUAUAUGAAGAUCGAAACAUAAAGCAUGUACAAGAAAUACUAAAAUAUAAUAUUUUUAAAACAAUAA